CGAAAGAAGGCUGGCAUGGCUAGAGCAAAGUGAGAUGGUGUGUGGGGGCAAAAGUUGAGGCUGGAGAAGUUGGUAGGAAUCUGGACUUCAUCCUGAGAACAAUGGGCGGCAUUGAAGGAUUUUUGAGAGCGGUGAUUUGUGUUUUGGGAAGAUCGCUGGGCAUUCAGAGAAGGACAGACUAGAGGGCAAGCCUGGAAGCCGGGUGCUGUGUGGGGAGCCCCGUCCAGUGGAGAGAUGGAGGGGAUGGCCAUGUGGAUGGUGAGAAGCAAAUGGAUUUGAGACACAUCCAGAGACCACACGCAGACCUUCUCCUGGGCUCCAGCACCAUGACCCCAGGGAAGAUGCUGCUCCUGCUCACCCUCCUCCUGGGGGCUUCCCUGCAGGACGCCCGUGCAGCUCGAGGGAUCCAUGUGGGCCGGGAGUGCUGCGUGGAGUACUUCAAAGGGGCCAUCCCUGUGCGGAGGGUGGUGCGGUGGUACCGGACCUCGGAGGAGUGUCCCAGAGCUGCCUUCGUGUUUGUAACUGUCCAGGGCAGGUCCAUCUGUGCGAACCCCAAGGAAGCCAUGGUGAAGAAGGCAGUCAAAUACUUGCGAAGCAUCAUGAGGUCACAUGACCCCAGCAUCCAGGAGUCCUGAUUUCUUCCUGCACCAUAUGGAAACUUCCGGUGCCUCAGUGUUCGCUACCCCAACCCCCAGCUGCUGGGUCCAGUGGGCGCCGUCCAAGGAAAGAGGACCCCUCCUUUUCCCAACUGGAACCGAGGCAUGAAAGGGCCCGAUUAAAGUCUUUCC